CCAGCGGAAAGAGGAAGAUAGAGGCUAUUCUUCAUCUGCUUCUGCGCCAAACAACGCUAAACGAGGCGAUACGUUAAGAAGAAUUCACUGCACAUCUGUAGGAACUUUACAAAGUCAACUGAUGUUGUUUUGCGUUUGACAAGGUGAAACGGAGAACCUUUCUUCCACCUUUCUUCAAGCACCCGCACAAAUCUGUCGAGCGAUGCUUCCGAGUCCCGUAACCUCAACUCCGUUUUCGGUAAAGGACAUCCUCAAACUGGAACAGCAACACGCUCUGAACCCCAGUGGAUUGAUGGGAGUUGAGCAGGACACUGUACCGCUGCAGUCGCUUCAGCUUCAGUGCAUGCAGAGCACACUGAGCCGGAGUCUGGAUCUCCUCUACAGCCCCGAGAAGCACAGCGCGAUCGCUGCGGAACAGGUGAAAUGCGCCCUGAGUUCAGAUGACUUUGACAUGGUCAGAAGCUCCUGCGGGUCUCCAACGGAGGAGGAGAUGGAUCCAAAUGAAGACACAAGCAUGUGUCCAUUUGACGACUCCAGUUACAAUGGUAGAAAAGAUGAAACACCGCGGGAGAAACCCAAGCAGAGGCUGCGCAGGAAACCCCGCGUGCUCUUCUCUCAAACUCAAGUGUUUGAGCUGGAAAGACGCUUCAAGCAGCAGAGAUACCUUUCCGCACCCGAGCGAGACCACCUGGCUCAUGUUCUGAAGCUCACCUCGACACAGGUCAAAAUAUGGUUCCAGAACCGGAGGUACAAGUGUAAGAGACAGCGACAGGAUAAAAGUCUCGAGCUGGCCGGCCCGCGGAGGGUGGCGGUGCCCGUGCUGGUGCGAGAUGGCAAACCCUGUCAUGGAGCUCCUUACAAUGUCACUGUAUCAUAUCCCUACAAUAAUUAUUACAACAGCUAUGGAAAUAACCCGUACCACUGUAACUUCACUUCUGUGCCCUCGUUUGCCAACACAAGUCAAAUACCGAACCACUUUGUGGAUAUGAAUUUGACGACGGGAAGUGUCGAUGGGAUCAGAACUUGGUGAGACUUGACAUCAGUCAUGAGAAGAUUUUGGAUUAAGACUAUUUAACCGAAUGGCACUGAGGAGAAAACACUGUCAUAUAUUGUUGUCUGAUUUUUUUAUAUAUUUUUUUUUGUUUUUAUAUCAGUGGUUUACAAAACAAUCGACACCAAAUAAAGACUAAAUAUUUAAUAAGGUU